GUCUGAAGUGUCUUGACUGAGUUGCGAGACCUCAAACCUCCAGACAUCUUGCUCCUCCAUAUACAUUCACCUCUCUCGCUCGGUCAUUGAUCCCUUCUCCCUCCCCCUCUUGCUUCACCACCAUCUUUAGCCCCACUAAGACCAUCUGGAUUCCUGCCCUGACGAUCUUGAUUCCGCUGUGCUCGCGACAGCAUCAUCCUUCCACCCUAUUCCCUAUUCACAUCCACGCGACGCCGCCAUAUAACGUCCGCAGAAUAUUUAGCAGAGGCAGGAGCUAAACACCAUACAUCACUCCCGCUCGCACAUCUCCCAGCCAUCACCAUGAGUUGUAAGUCUACGUUGCCUCUUCACAGCAUCGCAUUUCCAAUACCUCGCCCUCCCUAUUCACAAGUCAGAGGAUGCGAAAACCCACCUAUACAACCCUUUGAAUGUUCUCAUUCCUAUUUGCACUUUUCAAUAUUAUAAUAGCCGUGAUGCUGACCGUGUCCGAUUUUAUCGAUAAUUCAGUCUCGAACAUGCUCAACAAAUUCCAUGGGCAACCGGAAAGCUAUGAUAAGAAGUAAUCCUCCAACUUCCUCACGUAUGUCCAUGCUGACCGCUCAGUAGGUCCAAGUACCGAUUCGGGCGAACCUUGGGGGCCGGCACAUAUGGAAUCGUCAGAGAGGCUGAUGGCCCAACGGGAAAGGUCGCCGUCAAGAUUAUCCUCAAGAAAAAUGUCAAGGGCAACGAGCAGAUGGUCUACGACGAACUUGAGAUGUUGCAACGGAUGAAACACCCCCAUAUUGUCAAGUUUGUCGAUUGGUUUGAGUCGAGAGUAAGAGGCGGGACCAUACAUACGGCUUCAUGUGAUGGUGGCUGACUGGCUUGAUAGGACAAAUACUAUAUUGUCACGCAGCUUGCGACUGGAGGAGAAUUAUUCGACCGAAUCUGCGAACAAGGAAAAUUCACAGAAAAGGAUGCUUCACAAACGAUUCGACAAGUCAUAGAGGCCGUCGACUACCUGCACGAUAACAACGUCGUUCACAGAGGUUAGCCGAGUCCUGGUUGACACUACCUUUCAAUAUUAACCAAUUACAGAUCUCAAACCUGAAAAUUUACUCUACCUAAGUUCCAACAAAGACUCCGAUCUCGUUUUGGCUGAUUUUGGAAUCGCCAAGAUGCUGGACUCCAAGGACGAAGUCCUUACAACAAUGGCUGGAUCUUUUGGCUAUGCUGCCCCAGAAGUUAUGCUGAAGAAAGGUCACGGAAAGCCAGUAGACAUGUGGUCGCUCGGUGUUAUCACAUAUACUCUACUCUGCGGAUAUUCUCCUUUUCGAAGUGAGAAUCUUCAAGACCUUAUUGAUGAGUGCAGCAGCGGCAAAGUGAUUUUCCAUGAGAGAUAUUGGAAGGAUGUUAGUGCCGAUGCCAAAGAUUUCAUCGGACACUUACUUCAACCAGAUGCUGAUGACAGAUCUACCAGCAAGGUAUGUUUCACGGAAGCUCGAAGCUAGACACACUCUAAUGAUCUCACAGGAAGCUUUAAAACACACUUGGCUCAGUGGUGAGAACGCCACCGAUCACAAUUUGCUUCCAGAAAUCAAAGCCUACAUGGCCAAGGCUCGUCUUCGUCGCGGCAUCGAAAUCAUCAAACUCGCAAACCGUAUCGAAGCACUCCGUAUGCAAGAGGACGAUGAGGAUGGAGAGCAUGGACAAGCAGACGUUCCAGAAAAUGCAGAGGCAGCAGCAGGAGAGGCACUAUCUGGAGCUGAUGCAGGCAGUUCAGCAGCAUCUGCAUCCAGCGCUCACGCGCCCAAGAAAUCUUUAAGCAAGAUCGCCAAAACUGCGAUAUUCAGGGAAGUGGUUCUCGCCAAAGUUCGCGAGAUGAAGGCAGCGGAGGAUGCGGCUCAGGUGGAAUUGGAGGCCCAGGAGAAGGCCAGUGGUGGCGUCAGUGCUGCCUCUACCAUGAAGCCAGCAAAGAAAGGCUGAGCGGAGGGGAAAAAUUGUUCGUAUUAGCAGGUCUUCUGGAGGUUCUUCAUAUUCGGGUUCAAUGGAGGAAUAUUUCAAUACCCGCGCGCGCGUUGCGAAGUUCUUUUUUCUUGAUGAGAUCCCGCGGAGCGGGCAGUAACGUGAUGCGGGUAUGUUGAUGAGAUGAUUGGUACAGAAUGAAACACUAUUCGGAAAUGACAUUUGAUGGUUUAGCGAGUUUGUGUAAGGCGGGUGCUAGGCGGAAAUAAGACGUUAAAGAUGCUUACAAUGAUAGGAAACUGGGAAGAAGUUUCUUUUCUCGCUUAUUUAUGCACUCUCUCUUAAUGAGAAUGAGCUUUAUUAGUCUCGAAGUACUUAAAUAGGUGCUCGUACCAAGAGCUAGCAUCUACACGUACGCAACGUUCAACGGACUUGAUACUAUACGCUUCUAAUCCCUAUUUCAUUGCUUAAUAUCUUUUGACUUAUACGUUGGUAUCUAUACCAAGUCACUUUUGGGCUCGUGUUUUGACCACGUUAAUAGGUUGUUUUUGUUGUUGUUGUUUUUCUUGCUAGAUAGUAGAUACCUGAGACUUGAUAUUUGUUGCAGGAUAUUUGAUAUUCACUCACUACUACUCGCACUAGCGUCAUUUCAGGGUAUUUAAUACCCACCUGUACAGUACCUUGCUUUACAGAUUAAUGAGUUCCCCCCCUUCUUAUCUCGCAACAAUAUUUUUGUUGUCUGGGAGCGGAACUGAUACGGUAUGUCUUUGAGACUGAUUACCUUUCUCCUUUUGAGGGGUUGAGGAGGAUAGUAGAAAAGGAGGUUGGUGGUUAUUGAAUGGUUUGAGGUUUGGGUUGGAAUUGGG